AUGUACUUUAUGUCCCACAAGGCCGAUGAUGUCAGGACGCUGACAAACAUGUUCGUGGAGAAGCCUUACUACUACAACCGGUUCAGUAAGAUGUGGCUCGGGCAGGGCCUGCUCACGGGACCUGGGCACAUAUGGAAGCGCAACGUCAAGAACCUGUCAGCCACAUUCGCCGGCUCCGUGAUCGAGGGGUUCCAGGACAUCUUCAACCGACAGGCUGCGAAGCUGACAGCCAACCUGAAGAAGGAGAUAGGGCAGCCACCGUUCGACCCGCUGCAUAAGUACUUCGCUUAUGCUACCUUGGAGACGAUUUGUCAAACAGCUCUGGGCGUGACUCCACUAUCCGACAGCAUCGUGACUCCGGAGUACUAUCACGCGUUCAACCGGAACCUGCAGCUGAUCGUGGACCGAGCCUUCAACAUCUUCACUCACCCCGACUUCCUGUACCGCCUCACCCCGGGCUACAGGGAGAUGAAGAAGAACUGCGCUAUACUACACAAUGUGUCUAGGACGGUCAUAGAGUUAAGAAGGAAAGAAUACGAAGAAAAGAAAAAGAAGGAGCUUACUAACGAACCAGACGCCAUAAAAUCCAAGUUCCGUCCGUUCCUGGACAUCAUAAUGGAGCUGAGCGACACGGACCCACUCCUCACUGACGAGCAGAUCCGCAACGAGGUGGACACGGUGAUCCUGGGCGGGCAGGAGACCUCCGCUACCACCAUGCUCUUCACCCUCCUGGCUCUUGGCAGCAACAUGGACGUGCAGGAGAAACUCUAUCAGGAGAUAAAAGAGAUAUUCGGGGACAGCAAGCGUCCGGUGCAGAAGGAGGACCUGGCGCGGCUGAAGUACUGCGAGGCCGUCAUCUACGAGAGCCUGCGCCUGUUCCCGCCCGUGCCCGCCGCCAUGCGGGUCAUAGAGACUGACACGGAAUUAGACGGCGUGACCAUCCCCGCGGGCGCCAUGUUCGUGCUGAACGUGCUGGGCGCGGGGCGCUCCUUCGCGGCGUACGGCCCCGACGCCCGGAAGUUCCGCCCCGAGCGCUGGCUGGACGGGCCGCCUAUCAACCCGGCCAGCUUCCUCGCCUUCAGCUAUGGGAGACGAGCUUGUAUUGGCAAGCGUUACGCCCUGACGUUCCUCAAGACGCUGCUCACCCACAUCAUCAGGGACCUGAAGAUCCACUCCUGCUACGAGGACCUGCGCCUGGAGUUCAGCAUCUCGCUGCGAGCUUCGCACGGGAACCUCAUCACUGUGGAGGCCAGGAGUUGAAGAGAUGUGAUGCGAUGUUUUGUUCGGCAGACGGUGGCGGAGGAGUUGAAGAGAUGCGAUGCUUGUUCAGCGGACAUCGGCCGACGAUGACGGAUUUGAAGUUGAUACUAUCUUCUGAUUUAAUUAAUCCUAUUAAUAUAAGUACCUAGCUAUUAGUUAUGUUGGUAAAAAUAUGGACUUACUAAUAUUAUUUAAAUUAUUUUUAAUAAAGUGCCUAUAUCUGUAAGUUCCUUGAUACACUAUAAGUACUAUUGAUUGAUGCACAAAGGGUGCCUAGAAUAAACUUUUAA